AUGUCCACUUUCAAUGCCAACGAGGCUGAAAACUUAGAAGAUAUCGAAAAGCAGUUUGCCGUCGUAGCGGUGGAACAGGCAGAAACUUAUUGGAAUCUAUUGACAAAAGUUCCUGGUUCAAGACUACGUUUAACCAGAUACGAUGAUGAAAUCUACAAUACUUUUAUGGAACAUUUCCCAGAAUUUAGAGACGUUGAAAAAUUGAAAAAGUUUAGCGAACAAGAUAUUAAGAACAAAACAGCUAAGGAUAGAUGGAGAAAAUUCUGUGCCCUUUAUGAAAAAACCAUCGAAGAUUACAACUUUGGUACAUUGUUGAGAACUGAUUCUACACAAGAAUAUGGUCAAUUUUCCACUUGUUUCGUAGUUAGAAUACAAUUCUACGCUUUCGAAAUUGCAAGAAACAAGCAUGGUUUGAACGACUGGGCCGCUGCCAAAAAAUAA